UUGACGUUCGCACGAAUAAUUGCGAGGCGUUAUACGAAUGUGCAUACUUGAACUCAUAGAUUGGCAGAUAAUUUUUCGGAAUAGUUGUGAGUGCCACCAACGAAUUAUUGGGUGUUAGCCUGUACACAGAGACCGCUGAAGGGGGCCCGUUGCCGUACGUAUUGGAGGCCUUCCAUACUACUUGACGACAGCUGGAGGAGAGGUCCACAACUGUGUGGACAGAGAUGCAGAUUCGAGCUCAGGAGUUGUGAGGGGAGAUCGCACACAUUGCUGAGGGGAGAAGGAAUUUUGCAAGUUGGUUGUCUGCAAACUGUAGUGAGGUCUGUCGUUGUUCACUCACCCCUCUCGUUUCAUAUGUAUAUGCAAAGGUGCUCUUGAAGGCGGCUGAGGAGUUACCAGAUAGUUUCUGGUUGUCGUGGCAACUGCCCACCCAAAUGCCGUAUCUGCCAAGAAAGACAUUUUUUGAAGUCGUGUCCAACUUUUCUGGGAAUGACCAUUGCCAAAAGACGUGAAGUGGUGAAAGACAAAGGCUUUUGUUUCAACUGCUUAUGCACAACACACACGAGACAUUGGUGCCCGUCGAGGAAAACGUGCAUGGUAUGCCAAAGCCACCAUCACACACUAAUACACGUGGAUUCAUCAGCAAUAACAACACUUAAACGCAAAGACAGCAAAACUCAACCCCGAUCCAAAUCUGAAACCCAAAGACGUCCAUCAUCAUCCAUUCAUCGGAAGAAAUCUUAUGUUGACGAGCGUCUAAGCCGUCGGUCAAAAACGCACGUUUUUCUGCCUACUGCCCUAGGACGGUGCCUUACUUCCAAAGGUCCAGAAAAAACAAGACUGCUUUUGAAUUCAGGCGGCGUACAAACUAUAAUUGUACGAGGAUUGGUGGAUAGACUACACCUCAAGACCACAAAGAAGGACGGAAAAGAGUACUGCACACUUAAUCUGCAGUCUUACCAGGACCCCACUGCCAAAAUACAAGUGUCUGGUGUAGUAAAGUCGCAGCUGAAUAUGGCACUUCCAACAACGGUCCCAGAUGAAAAAUUGAAGACAACAUAUGACCAGAUUACCGACUUAGCGGAUCCACAUUUCUUUGCACCAAAAAAUAUCGAGGUUGUAAUCGCUAACGACCAGCUUCCUAAAAUUUUGAAGGCCGGCAUGAUCCAAACAUCCUCCACGAUGCCGAUCGCCCAAAGCACCAUAUUCGGGUGGACAAUUUCCGGUGCCUGCCACUACUAAGUUGCACUAGUGCAAGGGGGCCGGCAUGUUGAAGCCAGUUCAACAAACCUAUCCUUAUGCUAACAUAAGUACACACAUAUAUAAUAGAAUUACAUACCUUACUGAAUUACAUUGAAAUAAAUCUUUGAAAUAGUUUUAAGUAUCUUUAUGUUCAUAAUUUCCCGCGGAUUUGCUUUUAUUGGUCAACUUGGCAACCCUUUUAUCUAUUCUGGAUGCAAAAGGGCCAAAAGCUUUCACUCAAACGGAUAAAGAGCGGCCAUGUUGACCAAAUUUCCAAUUCGCCUUUUCUUAAAUCUACACACUUUUAACUUUCUUGCACCGCCAUUAAAUCACUUGUGCAGCAUCAUCCCAAGAAGGCGGUAAGGGCUUACUGAAAUGUAAUAAACUGUAA